AACACCCUGUUCAUUUAUUAUUAUAAAUAAAAAGUGCACGUGUUAAGACGCAGUAAUAUAUUAUUUUCUUGUGUGAAUAUUUCAAUAAAAACUUUAUAAACAUGUAUUUAAUGUAUACUUUAAAUGAAAAUGGCGAACGUGUCUACACUUUGAAGAAACGCACUGAGGAUGGCCGUCCCACAAUAUCAGCUCAUCCUGCCCACUUUUCGCCAGAAGAUAAAUAUUCCAGACAACGCCUUACCAUCAAGAAACGUUUCGGAUUACUUCUAACACAAAAACCCGAACCCGUUUAUUAAAUUUUCCCACCAUGAGUGUGAUUUUCCUAUAGUUUGUAGUUCUUAACAUGUAAGGCUUUUUAUAGUACUUUUCAACAAUAAAUUACAAUGAUUUAUUAAUUAACUAACAAA